AUGAAAUACCUUUUCAUUUCGGUACCAGCGCUCGGCAAUAAGCAAAAUACGUUCCUCAACAUCCGCGGCAAACUCAGCGAGUUUCAUGCUUUGACUUACGCCUUCAACGUUCCUGAGUUCAAGAUAGGAACAUUGGAUGCAUUGGUGCUCUUGUCAGACGACCUUGCUAAAUACGACACCGCCUUUGAACAAACCGUCAACAAGUUGGCCGACAUCCUAACGAAUCUUGUCAAGAGCGAUAGCACGAAUGGACACGUAUCGGAAUACAUGCUUGUGAAUGAUAAGCCCAUAGAAGAGUACAUCAGCACCUUUCAAUGGAAUAGCAUGAAGUACCGCACCGAUAAAUCGCUUCAAGAAACCACGGCAACCCUCAAUCAAGAAGUAACAUCGAUUGACACGGUCAUGAAGAACAAGAUGAAUGCUUACAGCCAAAACCGAAAUGCACUCCAGUCACUUCAACGCAAGCAAACUGGAAAUCUUUCUGUGAAAAGCUUGAAUGGGAUCGUCAAGAAAGAGCAGUGUGUCUUGAAUUCAGAGUACUUGACAACCCUCUUUGUAGCCGUACCAAAAACUGCAUACAAGCAAUGGCUGAACAAGUACGAGACGCUUACUUCUAUGGUGGUUCCUCGAUCAUCAGUCAAGAUUGCCGAGGAUGACGAAUACGGCCUCUUUUCAGUAACAUUGUUUCAACGUGUCGCGGAUGAAUUUGUACACAAGGCGAGGGAGGAACGCUUUAUUGUACGUGAUUUCAAGUAUGACGAGGAUGCACUUCAGAAGCAAAAGCAUGAAUUGGAUGAAACAGUUGCCGUCGAAAAGGAACAACAAAUGGAGCUCUUCCGCUUAGCACGCACAAAUUUUGGCGAGGUAUUUGCAUCAUGGAUCCAUCUCAAGGCUCUUCGCGUGUUUGUCGAAUCCGUAUUGCGUUAUGGUCUUCCUCCUGAUUUUACAGCCGUUACAAUCAGCGCAAAACCAAAGUAUGAGGAAAAAGUGGAUGCUGCAUUACUUGCCCAAUAUGGACGGCUUGGUGGUGUACAUGGUCAAGCAGCUAAACAAGGCAAUGAGGAUCCCAACCAUGAAGAGCUCUUGGAUCAUGACUUACAGACCGUCAAUGACAGCAGCUACAGACCCUAUGUGGAAUUUCAUUUGCAGUUUGAUACGGAGCGUGCGUGA